UUAAUUGAUAAGGUUUAUGAUGCUCUUGGCCAUGUUUUCUGGUCUGCAAACAUCAGAGGCUUCAGUAACUUGAAGUGGACAGUCGAACUGGCUGCAUAUUGCACAGAUGAGUGGCUAUCUGAUGUCCAUGAAAAUCAAAUGCUCAACUUACUUUGGGGAAGGUUACAACACAAACCUGGAGAUCAGCAGAUUGAAAUUGAGAGUGUGUACUUCUACGUUCUCUUGAAGAGAGGAUAUGAAGCAUGUACCUCAGGGGAGUAUGAAGACAGCCGUCAUUUCGCAUGCAUACACAAGGCUGGGCAUGCACUGUUGUCGGGCCUUGGUCAUUGCAUUGGCUUCCUCAUAAAUGUCAAUAGAAACCACUGGGUGACAGUCAUUAUCAACUUCAAAUCUCAUUCCAUCCUCUACAGUGACUCACUCAAUCAAGAGCCUUUGAAUGACAUGCUUACUGUACUGCAUUGGUGGAUGUAUCAUCAUACUGGUCAUCAGUUCACUACACGUCCACUCGCAAUCACUUACCAAAAAGAUGCCUUCUCAUGUGGUCUCCUUUCCUUUAAUGCCCUCACACAUCAUUGUCUUUCUACGGAGUAUCCCCUGAUUGCUCUUUCACAUGUGAGGAAUGGACGGCUUGAGAUCCUGUUAGACAUUAUCAAUCACCAUCUCGACCAG